UGUUUUACUAACUGUAAAUGCAAUGCAAAUAUUUCCCACUUAGAUCUUCGAUCGGCAAGUACUUACAUUUUUUAAAUUAUCGUUUCCUUAAUUGUGAAGUGCAUUUCUUGAAGAAAGGUUUCGGUGCUCAAUUUGUUUCAACAGCGGUGCUAAAACAUGGAGUGCAAAUCGGUGAGUAAAUUUUUAUUUAUAGUAUACAGUAGCCGACUGUAAUUGCCUAAUUGGUAUUGACCAUUAGUCUAUAGAUGCAUCGAGCGCAACUUUUUUUUUAACUCUGACCUUCUAACAAAGGACGCAGCCUUGUUUAAGCUAAAAGUUUGAUCUUGUUAAAAAGUAUUCUAAUUAUUACUUAGGAAAUUACAUCUUAGAUCGUUUCAUUUCCGGUCGUAGUCCUAUUCCACACGAUGAAUAAUCGACAACGAUUUUUUCAUAGCCAAAUUUCUACCACAUCCCUUUCCUUUCGAUAUGGAAAAUCGAAGCAAAUACGGUCGUAGUCGUAUCCUUCCUCUUUCGUAAGUUUCGUAAAUGUGAGCUAUUUGUGAGGAUUUUCUUAAAGAUAACAACAAAUCGUAGAUUCAUGUGCGCAUUCCCGAAAGUUUCCGUUUCUCUUCAGUCUUUCAAGUCGAUUGGCCACCAACAUUUCAUCUGUCUCAUUUCCAGUGGUACGUAGCACAUUUUAUUGAAAUGUCGAAUCAAGAUAACCGUGAACAAGGCGCGUUCGGUGUUGGCACCUACGGGAGAAUUUUGGCAGAUGACAAAGAUCAACGUAGACCGAUAACUCAUCCCCGCCAGCAAAAAUUACCCCGACCGAAGUUAGGGUCGUACCCUUCGAAGAAUUGCAAUUUCAAAGUCAGACUGUCGUCAAGAAGGAGCGUUUCCCGAGAAAAUGUAAGGCAGCGAUCGUUCCCCAGUUUAUCCAGCAUCAGUGAAACGGAAUCGCCGAGCUUUGAUUUCACGGAAAGUUUCGAAGUUCUCGACGAAGGUGAAACGAUUUCUCCAACGACUUGGUGCGUUUGGCCCCAACAGAUGUUGAUGGUGGCCAUCGAUGAAAAAUUAUUUACUAAAAGUCCCUUAAAUGUCCGCUUGUGUAAACCUCGUCUCAAUGUUUCCCUUGGUGAGUCUGACUGGAGGGAAAUUCCACCUGAUUGUUAUGACGUUGGUGUUUUGUUUGCUGCUCUGAAUGGGCACGUCGCCAUGUUGACUUUUUUCCUUGAAUCGGGAGGGGACGCCAAUGCAUUGGAUUUGCUAGGCAGAUGUGCCCUGCAUUACGCGGCAAGUUCUCCGAGUUCCAGCGCCGUUUUGUGUCUCAAUCUGUUAAUCCGUUACAAAGCCACAGUUGACGUGUUGGACCAGAAUAAAGAAGCGACUCCGCUUUUCUGUGCCGCCGCUUCCGGCCGUAUCGAAUUGGUCGAAGCACUGUUAAGCAAUGGUUCGGACGCAAACGCUGGGUGGGGAAGUUCAAGCGCUUUGGUGUGGGCCGUUAGGGCCCGAAGUUUGUCUUGUGCCACUCGGUUGGUUGAAGCAGGCGCCAAUGUCAACAAUUUGCAAGUUCUCUGUGAGUCGCCUAUUCACGUGUCCGCUUUCCAAGGAGACGUCGACUGUUUGAAAUUACUUUUGGAGAAUAAAGCCGAUGCCAGUGUCCUUUGCGGUCCCGAACGAAGAAAUGCACUGCAUUUAGCUUCCUUGAGAGGCAAAGCCGAAUGUCUUCGCUUACUUUUAGAGGCCAGCACAACUGAAAUUGACAAGCCGGAAGCCGUUGGCCGGACACCUUUACACUUGGCGGCCUUGUCUCAAUCGGUAGAAUCGGUCAAAGUAUUGUUGGAUUACGGAGCGCGACAUGAUAUUUGCGAUGGAAUGAUGGAGACGCCGCUUCACAGUGCAGUCGUCAAGUGCCGUAGGGCGAUCGAUGUCGUCAAGUUGCUGAUUUCCAGGGGAGCCAAUGUCAAUGUGAAGAAUCAGUUCAGUCAAACUCCACUCCACUUGGCGGCAAUCAACGAACAUUCGAAAUUGGCUUCGUUCUUGAUUCUCUCGGGCGCUGAUCUGUCAGCUAAAAAUCGAGCAAAGAAUACGGCUCUGGCCUUAGUUGCACGACGAGUUCCAGACGCCUUGUCAACCAUUUCGAAAAAGUUGGAUUCAGCGAUUGAAAUAGCCGGAGGACUCGAUCCAACUGAUGCAGAUUGCGAAUUGCGAUUAGAUUUACAAGUUCUUGUGCCAAGCGGCAACCAGCAAAAAGAAGGAGAAAUGGCCAUGUUGACCUCGAUGAUCGCGGCCGAUCAGCAUCAUCUGUUGCAGCAUCCAGUCAUUGGCGCCUUCCUACAUUUGAAAUGGACGAAGAUCCGUACCACUUUUUUGGCCUCACUCAUUUUUCAAUUUUGUUAUGUUCUCUUUUUAACACUGAACAUUUACACUACAUACGUAAGCAGUAAGAAUGAAAAAGCCGAGAAUGGAACGACCAAUUUAACCGGCACAAUUGUGCACAACUCUGAUUUAAUUGACUCACAAACCCAAAAAAGCUACUCACUCGAUUACUUUUGGUUGCCGACGAUCUUUUUCGGUUCCAUGACAGGGUGCAAGGAACUUUUCCAACUGUAUUGUAAUCCACAUGAAUACGUGACAGAUGUAGAAAACUACGCGCACCUCUUUUCUGUUGUCGGAAUAGCACUCGUCAUUCCCAGGAAUGAGGAUGGAUAUGUGUCUGGUUGGCAGACUCACGUGGCCGCUGUAGUCGUAAUCGUUGCCUGGAUUAAUCUGAUGUUGCAUAUCGGACGAUUUCCCGCAUUCGGUCUGUAUAUCCAGAUGUUUACCACCGUUGCAUGGAAUAUGUCCAAACUACUGGUGACAUAUUUCUGCCUCAUCGUCGGCUUUUCGCUAGGAUUUGCCGUUCUCUUUCCGAAAUCGAAAUUUUUUGGUGAAAUACCCAUCGCGCUUCUCACGGCAAUCGUCAUGAUGACAGGCGAAAUGGAUUUCAACACUCUGUUUUAUGAUGAAAAGGGCAACGAAAAAAUCAGAUUCCCUGGAACAACCCAUUUAGUCUUCCUAUUCUUUGUUCUUCUGAUUGUCAUAGUUUUGAUGAAUUUACUCGUUGGUUUAGCCGUCUCUGAUAUUCAAGGCUUGUUGAACUCGGCUGGCUUGAAUCGUCUUAUCCGGACUACGAAGCAAAUUGCGCGCAUGGAAAUUUUUAUCUUUUUCCCUUGGCCCAUCCGUUUGCCUCAUAUGUGGUCAAAAAUUCCUAAACGAGAGUGUCUACAGCGCAAAGUAUUGGUGGUGUCACCCAAGGCAAAACGUACUUACAACUUCAAGCCCAACGACCCACGUGAUGGACGCUUUCCACAAAACAUCAAAGAAGGUUUAUUAGCAAUUGCCGUUGAAAGAAUGGCUAGCAAAAAGAAAGGACCGUAUCAGUAUAACGCCCUAUCCGUUCAAACCAACGGAGAAUUUAUUACCGACGUGUUUCAUCGAGUUGACGAACUCUUUACGAAUUACAUGUCGGAAAUUGUUACGAUGAACGAGAAGAUAAAUGAAAAACUUGCGCUAUUGGAGGAUGCUAAUAGAUUCAGACUACCGUUGAUUCCAGCUCGAAAAAUUGUAGAAGAGUUUUCUCAUUGUGAUACAGCCGUCUAAUUUAUGAGCAAUCUUUGUGGAAAAUCAGUAGUCCUUUUUUACUUUUACUUUCAUUGGUGUUUUAAUCGACAUAGCUUCCCCAGGGUUUCCUUUAACAGUAAAACAAUACUAAUAAAAUUUGUAAAUGUGUGAAAAACUCGAAA